UUUAUUUAUUUAUUUUUCCAGAUCUUAUUUUGUACUCUGAAUUCCCACAAAGUCGAUAUGACCAAACUUCUCGGAGGCCAAAUUGGUCUGGAGGAUUUUAUAUUUGUUCACUUGAAAGGUCAGCCAAAAGAAAUAGACAUUACCAAAACUGAAGACGCUCUUGGACUAACUAUCACAGACAACGGCAAUGGUUACGCAUUCAUCAAAAGAAUCAAAGAGAGCAGCACUAUGGACAAAAUGCCUCAAGUAAAAGUAGGGGACCAUUUGGAAAAAAUAAAUAAUACGAGCUUGAUAGGUUGUCGACACUUUGAAGUUGCCAAAAUGUUGAAGGAAAUACCAAAGGGCACCACAUUUACUCUUCGAAUAGUGGAACCAUUAAAGUCUGGAUUCUCUGUUAUUGAUAUGCCAUAUUCCAAAAAGAAAAGUGGAAAUGUAGGAAGUGGUAAAAAGACUCUACGGUUUCGUGCUAAUGGACCUGCCACAGUUGAAUCAAUGCCUGAUGAUGUGGUCAGUGUGGCAGUAGACAAAAUUAAUGGCCUGCUUGAAUCCUUCAUGGGUAUUAACGACACAGAACUUGCUCAAAACAUCUGGGAGAUUGGAAACAAACAAGAGAAUCCCCAUGACUUCGCCAUGGCUGUAGAUGCAUCUGACCUCGAGGCUUUUGGAUUUUCUGAUGAUUUCAUCUUUGAUCUAUGGGGAGCAAUUAAUGAUGCCAAAACUGGAAGGCUUAAUAAACAGCAUGGGUUUUCAGAAAAUUUCUAAUAAGUGAAAGGAAAAGAAAACAUAUUUUAAACGAUAGAAACAAAUGAAAACUUUUUUUUUUUUUUU